GAAUCUAAAGUCGAACAAGUUUUCUUUUCUCAUGGGAGGAGCAAACGGGUGCAGGAAAAUAGAUAAAAGCUCUGUUUAAGAAGCUGGCGUUACUACGAUAUUAUCUUCACCAAGGAGCGCACAGAGAAUACUUUCUUACCUAGAUUUAUUAUGGCAUUACAGCUCAGACACAUAUCGUAGUGACACGUCUGUCGCUUAUUACUCGGUUGUCGUAUCUCAAAUCAGAAUUUUUUUUUUGUACCUCCCUACAAUACCGUAGGUUACUUCUAUGCAUUUCUGUUUGGUUGAACGCGUGUGCUCGCGGUGUGUUUUGAAGUCAUUAGUCGCGUUAUCAACCUGCUACUCGGCUUCAGGAGCGCACAGACGUAUAAAAGGAAUAUCGGAAAGUUUAAUUUCCUCCAGAACACACCCUGAUAGAUUUAACAGAUAAAGGAUCUGCUGGGAAGUGUGAUGUGAAUGUAAGUGCGGGUAGUUGUAGUCUGUUCUAGUUCAUCGAGACGCGUAAAAGUGAUUCAGAAGUCGUACAUAUGCAGAAUAACAUUCAUCUCCACACGUCCCGAAGGAUAUCAGCUCAGGUGUUCACUUCAAGUUGUCACGGAGUUUUGCAUCCCUCCAAGGACUUGCUUUGCUUGUGAUAAAGCCUCGCGUCCACCGGUUAGGCUGCCCAUCAGGAGACUACUAUCGAUAACACUAUUAACAAAGUACAGGCUGAACAUGAGCAGGAAAACACGCCGCUGGAUUUUUCACAUUUUCCUCUGUUUGGGGAUUAUAUAUUUGAAGAUUGGGGGUUUUUCCUCAGUGGUUGCGUUGGGAGCGAGUGUUAUCUGUAACAAAAUUCCUGGUUUGGCCCCUCGUCAAAGGACUAUCUGUCAAAGCCGACCUGACGCUAUCAUUGUCAUUGGAGAAGGAGCGCAAAUGGGAAUCAAUGAGUGUCAGUUUCAAUUCAAAAAUGGAAGGUGGAACUGCUCGGCCCUUGGGGAAAGAACUGUCUUUGGAAAAGAGUUGAAAGUGGGAAGUAAGGAAGCAGCCUUCACCUACGCCAUUAUUGCUGCCGGGGUCGCCCAUGCCAUCACGGCAGCCUGCACUCAGGGUACGCUGAGCGGCUGUGGUUGUGACAAGGAGAAGCAGGGCUUCUACAACCAAGAGGAGGGCUGGAAGUGGGGAGGAUGCUCAGCUGAUAUUCGCUAUGGUCUGAGCUUCUCAAAGGUGUUCAUAGACGCACGGGAGAUCAGGCAGAACGCCAGGACACUCAUGAACCUCCAUAACAAUGAAGUAGGACGCAAGGUCUUGGAAAAGAACAUGCGUUUAGAGUGUAAAUGUCAUGGUGUAUCUGGAUCCUGCACUACCAAGACUUGCUGGACUACUCUCCCAAAAUUCCGGCAGUUGGGUUACAUCCUCAAGGAGAAGUAUAACCAUGCUGUACACGUGGAACCGGUCCGAGCUAGUCGAAACAAGAGACCUACCUUUUUGAAGGUUAAAAAGCCUUACUCAUACCGGAAGCCCGUGGACACGGAUUUAGUGUACAUUGAGAAGUCACCCAACUAUUGCGAGGCAGAUCCCGUGACGGGUAGCAUGGGAACCCAGGGCAGGAUCUGCAACAAGACUGCGCAGCAGGCCAAUGGCUGCGACCUCAUGUGCUGUGGCCGAGGAUAUAACACACACCAGUACUCACGCGUGUGGCAGUGCAACUGCAAGUUUCUUUGGUGUUGCUACGUCAAGUGCAACACCUGUAGUGAACGGACAGAAGUGUACACAUGCAAGUGAAAUAUUUAUUGCUGGGGAAUUGAUACACACCUGUGACUUGUGUGGUAGAGAGUCUACAAGUGUCGCAACAGGAUGACCACUGCUAUGGAUGCCAGGUAGAGGAAAGAGCCAUUUGCACUGGAAAUCGUGGGUCUGGUGGAGUCUAGACGGAUUAAUUGCAUGCAUUGCAUGCAGAUUUGCUCCAGAGUUCUGCUGAGGGAUUCUGUGUUGGUACCAGUAGACACCUUUCUGUUCCAGUACUGAGCAACAGAGCGAAGUAGCCUGCAAAGGCUUGAUCUGUAGGCCGUUAGAAAGAUGUCGGGUGUGAUUAUUGAGGGUGUUCUGCUCUGUAGAAAGCACGGAAAGUAUUUCUGAGGAACUUUUUAGCUUGAGUGAGUGACAUUACGAAUCUUGCAACAAACUGUACAUGGACACAACAAUGAUAUUUAACAUUUUAUUUAGAGAAAAUGGCUAAUGUUAAUUUAUUUAAUAAGGAAACUACUGAUUUCUCAUUGUGUUUACUAGCUUAGAUUUAGCUCUUCUCUUGUUUAAUAUUGUGUGUUUUACAUAGAAAUAAACUGACCAACUUUUACACUGUACAUCAUGAAUGAGCCAACAACAAUGC